AUGUCAGACACAUGGAGCAACAUCCAGGCCCACAAAAAGCAGCUGGACUCGCUGCGGGAGAGGCUGCAGCGGCGGCGGAAGGACCCCGCGCAGCUGUCCGUGGCGGAUGGGGGAGGCAGCUCUGAAGGCUCCGUAGCCAGGAGUGACAGUCCGGCCCCGUCGGCUCCACCCGGCGCUCAGGAGGAGACGGAAAAGCCUCCGGACCCCGAGUUGGAGAAGAGGCUGCUGGGAUAUCUGUCCGACCUGAGCCUCUCCCUGCCCACGGACUCCCUCACCAUCAAGAACGAGCUCCACAGCUCGGAGUCGGCGGUCAGUCACUCGUCCAUCCAGAGCCUGCUGCUCAAAUUCUCCGCUCAGGAGCUCAUCGAGGUCCGACAGCCUUCCUCCUCCUCCUCUUCCUCCUCCCCCCCCACCGUGGUCGUGUCCGUGGACCACACCAAGCUGUGGGCCAUGAUCGGGUCGGUGGGCGGGGCCCAGAGGGCCGGGGUCAAGAGGAAGGCGGAGGACCAGGCGCUCGGCAAGAUGGCGGCGGGCGCCGGGUUCCCGCCCUCGCGGCAGAGCGCCGCCCCCCCGCCGCUCUCCUCCAUCUCCUCCCUGACCCCCGCCUCCUCUUGCCCAAUGGCCGGGCCCUCGGCGGCGGGCGGGGGCGCAGAGAAGAAGAGCAGAAGCAGCAAGAGCCAGUCGUCCCACCUGGACAUGGAGAUCGAAAGCCUCCUCAACCAGCAGUCCACCAAGGAGCAGCAGAGCAAGAAGGUGAGCCGUGAGAUCCUGGAGCUGCUGAACGCCAGCACAGCAAAGGAGCAGUCCAUCGUGGAGAAGUUCCGCUCCAGGGGCCGCGCGCAGGUGCAGGAGUUCUGCGACCACGGGACCAAGGAGGACUGCGUCCGCUCCGGGGACGCGCCCCAGCCCUGCACCAAGCUGCACUUUCGCACCUUCGGGAUGGUGGACGGGGAGGAAACGUGCGCGGUGGUGAUGGUUUACAACACGGCCGACAGCUGGGGCGUCCUGAUAGGCGACUCGGUGGUCAUCCCCGAGCCCAACGUCAAACGGCACAGCAUCACGCACAAAGAAAAGACGUUCGACUUCAGGAGCAUCCGACUGGACUCCCCGCUGCUGCUCAUCGUCAACGGGAAGAAGCAGAGCGCCCAGAGCCAGAUCCCCGUCUCCAUCAGCUACAAACACCAGAGCGAAUGAGCCCCGGAGCCUGAAAACCGCCGCCUUUCUGCUGGAUUUCUUAGUUUUUUUCUAUUUAGAAACCUUCCAAAGUUCGUGCCUGUUUUACCUAUUUUGUAAAUAGAAAUCACCGUGUCCUGUUUCUCUAUAUUUAUGAGGGUCUUCCUUUUUUAUUUUUUAUUUCCGUCAUUGUGAGUUCCUCCGUGGGGUUAUUUUGUAAAUGAGUAAACCUGUGAUGAUGUCAGCUGUGACUUUGGUCCGUCUGGCCAGGAGCUGGCAGGAACAGGAGCCAAGAAACUCAAAUAAAUGAGGUUUUCUCGUUUGGACGCGCUUUUUCUUGUGGGACGUGAAUCCUCAACUCAACCGUUAUGAGUUGAAAACUCAAGUAACCGAUUAUUUUGUUUAAUAAAGCACAGUCAUUUCUAAAUUCAAAUGAG